AUGUCACAGAGUUGGACUGAAUUAUUGAGUGUUGCUGACAAAAACAGUCGAUCUGCAGCUCAAGAACUUGAAGAAGCACGUCGAAGGCGUGAGAAAUUGAAUCAGAAAGCUAAUAAAUCUCGACCCGCGAAUGAUACAGCCAUUAAAAUGAUUCUCGAACGACGGCGUCGAGAACAAGAAAAACUAGUUGAUUUAUUUUUAGAAGAACAACGUUUAAGAAAAUUAAACGAACUAAAAAAGCAACAAAAAACAACUGCUCAAUUAAAAACACAACAACAAAAGUCUAGUCCGCCAAAACCUCCUACUUCCGCUCUUACUUCCACUCCUAAGAAGCCACCUGCAAAUGUAAAGAAAAAAAUGCCAAAUGUUUCGUACGAAGAUCUUAUGCGUUAUGCAUCACUCAAAACUAAUAAGCAGCCAAUACCUAAAGAAUUGCUUCAUGUUUCAAAAUCAUUUCAAGCAAAUACACCAUUGCCGUCAACAUCAAAGCCUAACACUUCGUUGUUGUCGUCAAAAACUACUACUUCUCAACCAUUGUCAACUACCACUAAUAUUAAAAAAUCGAUUUCUUCUACUUCUUUAAAAACGACGAGAACAACAUCAACAGUGACAAAACCAAAUUCAACGACUAAGUCAUCUACUCAGCAGAAAUCUAACGUAGAUAAAUCAAAGUCGAAUGUGUCUGGUCCAUUAUUGAACAAUGUAAAGUCAUCGGCCAGAUCUGCCAGUACAACCCCACCAAUAAAUUCGAUAAGAAAUGGACAAAAACCAUCACAAAAUCGUACAGUCAUUGAACAAAAGUCUACUCCGAAUCAAAGACUAUCAACAAAUGUACAAAGACCAACACUACCAAAUCAAGCAGCAAAUGGGCGAAGGCCAACAGUACCAAGUCAAAUAGUAAAUGGGCAACGACCAGCACUACCGAAUCAAACAGUAAAUGGACAAAGAUCGCGACCACCGAAUCAAACAAUGAACGGUCAAAGAUUACCAGCCCCAAAUCGCAUGAUGAUGAAUGGACGAAGACCAUCAAAUCAAACAGUCCGUAAACGUCCUGUUCUCGAUACGGAUGAUGAAGAUGAUGAAGAAAUGCGUGAUUUUAUUGUGGACGAUGAAAACGAUGAAUAUGACUAUCGAAAAGAACUUCAAGAAACUCUGAAGACUAAUUUUGGUUUUGUCAAAGAAAGAUAUCGCGCACAAUUUUCAGACGAUGAUGAUGAUGAUCUAAAAGAUAUGGAAUCAUCAUAUCAUCGAAUAGAACAAGAAGAAGAAAUUAGUCGACGACUUGGUCUUAAAGAAGAUAUUGACGAAGUUUUACGUGAAGAAGCUGAAAAAAAGAAACGUCUCUCACAAGUGAAAAAACGUCCUAAAACAGCGGCAUAA